CUCCAUUCUAGCAUCUACCAUAAGAUGGCGGCGCUGCCUUCUCGGUUGGAGGAGUAAAUAUAAAGGCACAGAAACCUGACAUUUUAACAGGGGACUUUGGACAAUAUGGCAUCACGGUGGACUUCUGAAAACACUGCAUAAUAGCCAAAUCAGUGUUGUGCCUGGACCAGCGCAUGCACGGUGUGAUGAACGACCUGCUCAGUAUUUGUGACGAGGGAGAAAGAGGGAGAGAGUUCCUACGUGGGGGUAGCCCAGCAUGGCUGCUGCUUCGUAUGACCAGCUGUUAAAGCAAGUGGAGGCGCUGAAAAUGGAGAACACAAACCUUCGACAGGAACUUGAGGAUAAUUCAAAUCAUCUUACAAAACUUGAGUCUGAAGCAUCAAACAUGAAGGAGGUUCUCAAACAGCUGCAAGGAAGCAUUGAGGAUGAAGCCAUGACCACGACCGGUCAGAUUGAUCUCCUGGAACGCCUAAAAGAAUUAAAUUUGGAUGGCAGUAACUUCCCUGGGGUCAAGAUGAAAUCAAAAAUGUCCCUCCGUUCCUAUGGAAGUAGAGAAGGUUCCCUCUCUGGCCACUCAGGGGAAUGCAGCCCAGUCCCAAUGGGUUCUUUUCCAAGGAAAGGGCUUGUCAAUGGGAGCAGAGAAAGCGCUGGAUACAUGGAGGAGCUGGAAAAGGAGAGGUCAUUACUUAUUGCUGAGCUUGAAAAAGAAGAAAAAGAGAAGGAUUGGUACUAUGCCCAGUUACAGAACCUCACCAAAAGAAUCGAUGGCCUCCCUCUUACUGAAAACUUCUCUAUACAAACUGACAUGACCAGAAGACAGUUAGAAUUUGAGGCCAGGCAGAUUAGAGCUGCUAUGGAGGAGCAAUUGGGGACCUGUCAGGACAUGGAGAAACGAGCACAGCUGAGAGUUACUCGAAUUCAACAAAUUGAAAAGGAGCUGUUCCGGAUGCGGCAGAUGCUACAGACCCAGAAUGUAGAAUCUGAGAGGCCACCGCAGAACAAGCAUGAAGCUGGUACCCGGGAUGCAGAGAAGCCUCUUGACGGACAAGGGACUUCAGACGUCGCCACAAGCAGCUCUGCUGGAAACGGCCAGGGAAGCGCAACUCGUGGGGAUCAUGAUACGGCCAGUGUUAUGAGCUCAAACAGUACCUACUCCGUCCCACGAAGGCUGAACAGUCAUCUCGGUACCAAGGUGGAGAUGGUAUAUUCUCUUCUGUCAAUGCUUGGCACUCAUGACAAGGAUGACAUGUCUCGCACUCUACUAGCCAUGUCAAGCUCCCAAGACAGUUGUAUUGCCAUGCGUCAGUCCGGAUGUCUUCCUCUACUUAUCCAGUUGUUACAUGGUAAUGAUAAAGAUUCAGUGUUGCUGGGAAACUCCCGUGGAAGUAAGGAAGCCCGUGCCAGAGCAAGCGCAGCUCUUCAUAAUAUCAUACACUCUCAGCCUGAUGACAAGAGGGGGAGAAGAGAAAUCCGAGUCCUGCAUCUCCUUGAACAAAUCCGAGCCUACUGUGAAACAUGUUGGGAAUGGCAAGAGGCGCACGAACAGGGAAUGGACCAGGACAAAAAUCCAAUGCCUGUCCCUGUGGAGCAUCAGAUCUGCCCUGCAGUGUGUGUGCUGAUGAAGCUCUCGUUUGAUGAAGAACAUAGGCAUGCAAUGAAUGAACUUGGAGGAUUGCAGGCUAUUGCAGAGCUUUUACAAGUUGACUGUGAAAUGUAUGGACUUAUUAAUGACCACUACAGUGUUACUUUGCGGCGGUAUGCUGGAAUGGCUUUGACCAACUUGACAUUUGGAGACGUAGCCAAUAAGGCUACUCUGUGUUCCAUGAAAAGCUGUAUGCGAGCCCUUGUAGCCCAGUUGAAAUCAGAAAGUGAAGAUUUGCAGCAGGUCAUUGCCAGUGUGCUCAGGAAUCUUUCUUGGAGAGCAGAUGUCAACAGUAAAAAGACUUUGCGUGAGGUUGGCAGUGUUAAAGCAUUGACAGAAUGCGCUCUGGAUGUUAAGAAGGAAUCCACACUGAAAAGUGUACUGAGCGCCCUAUGGAACCUGUCUGCUCACUGUACAGAGAAUAAAGCUGACAUAUGUUCUGUGGAUGGAGCCCUGGCAUUCCUAGUUGGCACAUUAACUUACCGAAGUCAGACCAAUACACUGGCCAUCAUUGAGAGUGGAGGAGGAAUACUGCGCAAUGUGUCCAGUCUGAUUGCCACUAAUGAAGACCACAGGCAAAUCCUGCGGGAGAACAACUGCUUGCAGACUUUACUACAGCACUUAAAAUCACACAGCCUGACAAUUGUCAGCAAUGCUUGUGGGACCUUGUGGAAUUUAUCUGCACGGAACGCUAAGGAUCAGGAAGCUCUCUGGGACAUGGCUGCUGUCAGCAUGCUGAAGAACCUCAUCCAUUCAAAGCACAAAAUGAUAGCAAUGGGCAGUGCAGCAGCACUAAGGAAUCUAAUGGCAAAUAGACCUGCUAAAUAUAAAGAUGCCAAUAUCAUGUCUCCUGGAUCUGCUGUCCCAUCUCUUCAUGUUCGGAAGCAGAAAGCACUAGAAGCAGAGCUGGAUGCGCAGCAUUUAUCUGAAACGUUUGACAACAUUGAUAACUUAAGUCCUAAAACCUCUCACCGCAAUAAGCAGAGACAUAAGCAGAAUAUGUACAAUGAAUAUGCUCUAGACUCAGGUAGACAUGAUGAGUCUAUUUGUAGAUCAGACAACUUUAACCCUGGGAAUUUAACUGUUCUUUCACCAUAUAUGAAUGCAACAGUUUUGCCUGCACCAUCUUCCAGGACGGCGGGUGAUGGCAACAGACCAGAAAAGGACAGGGAACGACCAGGAAUAAGUACCUAUCAUUCUGUGAACGAAGGAAACUCAUCUAAGCGUAUUGGAUUACAGCUAUCAACUACUGCUCCAAUUGCUAAAGUUUUGGAUGAGGUUUCAAAUAUUCAUCUCGUUGAGGACAGAACUUCACCGUCCUCUUCAGAAAUGCACAGUGCGUUGGAAGAAAGGACUGCUUCUAGAAAGACUUCUGCAAACCAUUCUCUUACAAAUCCAUACAAUUUUACCAAGGGGGAUCAUUCUAACAGAGCGUGUCCUGUAUCCUAUAUUAAAAUGUCAUCAAAUGAUAGCCUAAACAGUGUUGGCAGCACUGAUGGCUAUGGAAAACGUGGUCAAGUAAAACCUUCCGUUGAGGCCUACUCUGAAGAUGAGGAGAGUAAAUUUUGCAGUUAUGGACAGUAUCCUGCAGGGCUAGCUCACAAGAUACACAGUGCUAAUCACAUGGAUGACAAUGAUACCGAACUGGACACCCCAAUAAAUUAUAGUUUGAAAUACUCAGAUGAACAGUUGAAUUCUGGCAGGCAAAGCCCAACUCAAAAUGAUCGAUGGGCAAGACCUAAACACGUAAUAGAUAAUGAAAUAAAACAAAAUGAACAAAGGCAGCCUAGGAACCAAAAGACAUCUUAUAAUGCAUUUACUGAAAACAAAGAAGAAAAACACAAAAAAUUCUCACAUUUUGCUCAGCCAGAAAAUGUGUCACCGUAUAGAUCAAGAGCGCCAAACACACAAGGAGAUCAAGUGCGAGGAAAAUCUACUGUAGGAAUGAAUCAGAAAUCGAACAAACCACAUUGUCAGGUUGAUGAUUAUGAUGAUGACAAAACAACAAAUUUCAGUGAACGUUAUUCCGAGGAAGAGCAACAGGAGGAGGACGACGACAGGCAAGUCAACUUUAAUGUCACUACAUAUAACCAAGAAGAACAUCAUGUUGAGCAGCCCAUUGAUUACAGUAGAAAAUAUCAAUCAGAUGUUCCACCGUCGACUCAAAAAUCAUCAUUUUCCUUUUCAAAGAGCUCUUCCAAACAGAGAACUAAAAAAGAUCAUGUGUCAUCAAGCAGUAAUACACCAACACCAUCACCAAAUACAAACCGACAGAAUCAACUUCAUCCUAAUUCUGCCCAAACCAGAAGUGGACAAACCAGACAGAAACAAGCUUCAAGUAAACCUCCUUCUAUUAACCAAGAAACAAUACAAACCUACUGUGUUGAAGACACACCUAUAUGUUUUUCCCGCUGCAGUUCUCUAUCAUCUUUGUCUUCUGCUGAAGAUGAAAUUGAAGGACGAGUGAAAAGUGUCCAGGGAAAAGGUGAUAACAACACUCUUCAAAUAACUGAACUAAAAGAUGGCAGAGAUGCUGCAACAAAACAUAGUGCUUCUAAUGAAACUCGUUCUGCUUCACAUCAUAUACGUACGAAACCAAGCAGACUUCAGACUUCAAACUUGUCUCCAUCAGAUGCCUCGAGACACAAAUCAGUUGAGUUUUCUUCGGGUGCUAAGUCUCCCUCAAAAAGUGGAGCACAAACACCUAAAAGCCCCCCAGAACAUUAUGUACAGGAAACUCCUUUAAUGUUCAGCCGAUGUACAUCUGUGAGCUCACUGGAUAGUUUUGAAAGUCAUUCAAUUGCUAGCUCUGUGCAAAGUGAACCAUGUAGUGGUAUGGUUAGUGGAAUAAUAAGUCCUAGUGACCUUCCUGACAGCCCAGGGCAAACUAUGCCUCCCAGCAGAUGUAAAACUCCACCACCCCCUCAAGCAGCACAAAAUAAGAGAGAGACGAGUAAACCAAAGGUAACAGUCGAUGCAGAGGAAAGGGAGCCAGUGACGAAACAGACUGCUGUGCACACAGCUGUUCAAAGGGUUCAGGUGCUUCAAGAAGCUGAUACCUUACUACAUUUUGCUACUGAGAGUACACCAGAUGGAUUUUCAUGUGCAUCAAGCCUCAGUGCUCUUAGCCUCGAUGAACCAUAUAUCCCUAAAGAUGUAGAACUUAAAAUUAUGCCUCCAGUAUUUGAAAAUGAUCAAGCUAACGAAGCAGAGUCAGAGAAAUCAAAAGAUUCAACUGAACGACAGAACAAAAAGGAAGAGAAACAAGGAGAACCAGAAAAAGACAUGCUGGAUGAUACUGAUGAUGAUAUUGACAUAUUGGAGGAAUGUAUAAUAUCUGCUAUGCCUACAAAAUCCUCAAGGAAGAACAAGAAACCUCAACCAACUACAUCCAAAGCUCCUCCUCCUACUGCUAGGAAACCAAGCCAGCUUCCAGUUUAUAAACUUCUUCCUCCUCAAAAUAGACUACAGGCUCAAAAGCAUGUAAGUUUCACCCAUGCAGAUGACAUGCCUAAAGUUUAUUGUGUUGAAGGCACUCCAAUAAAUUUUUCUACAGCAACUUCUCUGAGUGACCUCACUAUAGAAUCGCCACCAAAUGAGCUGUCAAGUAAUGAUCAGGCUAAUGUACCUGUUUCUGCCAACUAUGAAAAAAGGGACACAAUACCCACUGAGGGAAGAAGUACAGAUGAAACACAAGCAGGAAAAAGCUUAAAUACUGCUGCUUCAGGUCUAGAUGAAGAUAAAACAGAGGAAGGCGAUAUUCUUGCAGAAUGCAUACAUUCUGCAAUGCCGAAAGGUAAAAGCCACAAGCCUUUUAGAGUCAAAAAGAUAAUGGAUCAAAUUAAUCAUACAUCUGCUGGUGCUACUGGAGCUAGACACUCACAAGAAAAUGAAAGGAAGCCUACCUCGCCUGUGAAACCUAUGCCACAACCAAAUGGACGUUCAAAGAAAAGCUCAGAUCAGAAAAUGAGUUUAAUACCUGAAAAACCUUACACUGACACAAGAAAACAAACUGGUAAAAAUGCAAGAGAAGCAAAUGAGAAACUACCUAACAAUGAAGAACGUGCAAAAGGAAGCUUUGCUUUUGAUUCACCUCACCACUAUACUCCAAUUGAGGGCACCCCUUACUGUUUUUCAAGGAACGAUUCAUUGAGCUCUUUAGACUUUGAUGAAGAUGAUGUUGACCUUUCCAAAGAAAAAGAACAGUUGCGGAAAGAAAAAGAAGUAAAAGAAACAGACACAAGGGCGGAUAACAAAAAUUACCCAUCAGCAUGUCAGUCAUUAGGGCAAGAGCAGCAGGAGCAAAAUAAUAUAGCUGUCAAAGGUCUGUCAAAGUCAUUACUACAAAAGCAGGCUUCGUUUCCACCUGCAUCUAAAAGACAAGACAGAGGAGGAGCUUCUGAUGAGAAAAUGCAGAAUUUUGCUAUUGAAAAUACACCUGUAUGCUUUUCCCGCAAUUCAUCUUUAAGCUCAUUAAGUGAUAUUGAUCAAGAAAAUAAUAACAAAGAAAUUAAGCCCCCUAAGAAAAAUGAACCUUCUGACUCACAGAUGGAAAUGCGGAGACCUCAAACCUCAGGGUAUGCUCCCAAAUCAUUUCAUGUUGAAGAUACCCCAGUUUGCUUCUCUCGUAACAGCUCUCUGAGUUCUUUAAGCAUCGACUCUGAAGAUGAUCUGCUACAAGAAUGCAUUAGUUCUGCAAUGCCAAAGAAGAAAAAGCCGUCAAAGACCAAAAGUGAAAAUGAGAAGAUCCGUUCAAAUAGCAUUGGUGGUAUUCUUGCCGAAGAGCCCGAUCUCACUCUAGAUUUAAGAGAUUUACAAAGUCCAGAUUCUGAAAAUGCAUUUUCUCCAGAUUCAGAGAACUUUGACUGGAAAGCAAUUCAGGAAGGUGCUAAUUCAAUUGUUAGUCGGUUACAUCAAGCAGCAUCUGCUGUCCCAUUGUCCCGGCAAGGAUCUUCAGACUCAGAUUCAAUCCUUUCACUGAAAUCUGGUAUUUCUUUGGGAUCUCCUUUCCAUUUAACACCUGACAAAGAAGAGAAACCCAUAACUGCAAACAAAGGGCCAAGAAUUUUAAAGCCUGGAGAAAAAGGUUCAUUUGCGUGUAAGAAAAAUGAAGAGGAAACUAAAGGCAUUAAAGGGGGCAAAAAGAUGUAUAAAAGUAUGAUUACAGGAAAAUCACGCUCGAGUUCAGAUUUUUCAAGUCAGUGUAAACCGCCAACACAAGCAAAUGUGCCCUUAAUAUCUCGAGGUAGAACAAUGAUUCAUAUACCUGGUGUCCGUGCUAGUUCUCCAAGUACAAGCCCUGUUUCAAAGAAAGUUCCCAUUCUAAAGAGUACCCCAUCCAAAAGUUCUGACAACUCCAGUAGUUCGCCUAGAGGACCAAAACCGUUAAAAUCUGAAUCCUUCUACAAUAACAGACAGACUGCUACCCCUGGUGGACCAAGUAAAGUACCUUCUAGAUCAGCUUCAAAAGAUUCUACUCCUUCAAGACCUUCCCCUCAACCAUUAAGCAGACCUAUGCAGUCCCCCGGUCGAAGUUCAAUUUCCCCAGGCAGAAAUGGGAUAAGUCCUCCAAAUAAAUUUUCUCAGUUACCAAGAACAUCCUCCCCUAGCACAGCAUCCACCAAAUCCUCUGGUUCAGGCAGAAUGUCAUAUACAUCUCCAGGUAGGCAGUUAAGUCAGCAGAAUUUGAACAAACCAUCAAGUCUACCCAAAACAUCCAGUGGAAUUCCAAGAAGUGAGUCUGCAUCAAAAGGCUUGAAUCAAAAUGCAAACUACUCUGGAUCAACUAAGAAAGUAGAGUUGUCUAGAAUGUCUUCAACAAAAUCUAGUGGAAGUGAGUCUGACAGAUCUGAGAGACCAGCUUUAGUACGUCAGUCUACUUUUAUUAAGGAAGCACCUAGUCCAACUUUAAGGAGAAAAUUAGAAGAGUCUGCAUCAUUUGAGUCCUUAUCUUCUUCAUCAAGGGCUGAUUCACCAACCAGAUCUCAGUCUCAGACGCCAGUGUUAAGCCCUUCUCUUCCUGAUAUGUCAUUAUCAACUCAUUCUGUACAGUCUGGGGGAUGGAGAAAAACUCCUCCAAACCUUAAUUCUUCAUUAGAACAUAGUGAUGUCAGAAAGCGUCACGACAUAAGCCGUUCCCAUUCUGAAUCGCCAUCCAGGCUUCCAGUUACACGAUCGGGAACGUGGAAACGUGAACACAGUAAGCAUUCAUCAUCACUUCCUCGUGUUAGUACAUGGAGAAGAACUGGAAGCUCAUCUUCCAUUUUGUCUGCGUCUUCUGAAUCCAGCGAGAAAGCAAAAAGUGAAGAUGAAAGACAGCCAUGUUCCUUUCCAGGGCCUAAAUCUACAUUAGACGGUCAAUCUGCAAAAGGAACUUGGAGGAAAAUAAAGGAAAAUGAAGUACUCGAGACUGCAAAUAAUGAAGUAUCAAAUACUCAUGCAGAGUCGGCAGAAAGUAGGACAGUGUAUCAAAUGGCACCAGCAGUUUCUAAAACAGAGGAUGUAUGGGUAAGAAUUGAAGACUGCCCAAUCAAUAACCCUAGGUCAGGCAGAUCCCCUACUGGAAAUUCUCCCCCAGUUAUUGACAAUAUCUCAGAGCAUGGUGAAAAGGAUGAGGGAGUAAAAGACUCACAAGGAAGGCAUAAUUCAGGGAAUGGAAAUGGGCUUGUUUUGGAGAAUAGGCAGAAAUCCUUUAUUAAAUUGGAUGGUUUGGAUCUAAAAGGGACUGACCCAAAACCUGUAUUUAACAGCCUACCUUUAGGGCAAGAGACAAAUGAAAAUUGUCUUGCAGAGCGCACUCCAUUUAGCUCAAGUAGUUCAAGCAAACAUAGCUCACCAAGUGGGACUGUUGCAGCACGUGUAACUCCAUUUAAUUAUAACCCUAGUCCCAGAAAAAGCAAUUCAGAUAGUAGCACAGCCCGACCAUCCCAGAUCCCAACACCUGUGACUACAAACUCAAAGAAAAGGGACUCCAAAAGUGAAGCUACAGACUCUAGUGGUUCACAAAGUCCCAAAAGACAUUCUGGCUCCUACUUAGUGACUUCUGUUUGAAAAGACUGUCUGCCAUUAUUUGAAAUGAAAUACUGGUGUAUUAUUUUUUAGCUGUCCAUGUAUAUUCAAAGAGACAAAUAUAAAAUCUGUAAAUAUUGCUUUUUGAUGAUGUUUGUUCAGGAAGCCAUAAUACUCAAUAUUUUCACGUAUCUACUGUAAAAUAACCAAUACAGUUUAAGAAUAAUGAAACCUAGGAUAUUUAUAGAGCUUUUUCAAUGAACUGUUUCGGCCUUCUAGACCAUUUUAAGCUUUUUUGGCACCGAACAAGUAUAAUCAGUGAAACAAUACAGAUACCUAACUGUAGUUGCUUAUCAUUUACUGAGAGAAUCUAGUCAACCUAAUGAUAUCAGUCAAGACCUGUACUGAAGCUAAGACUAGGCUGUUGGUUUAGUAAUUGUGAAUACAUUUGCAGCUUAUCAUACAGCUGUUAAUAGCAAUGUGAUUCCUACUGAAAGUUUUUUUGUUUUUUGUUUUGUCUUUUUUUUUCUCUCCCACUACUUCUCCCUGGCUGGCCUCUCUGCAUGACUGAUCUGACAAUCCAAGUACUGUGAUCUCAUGAUGUGCAUAGGUACAGUAGGUAUUGUGUAACUAUCUGCAAUAAAAAAGGAAACGUGUUGCAGCUAGACAACAUCCAAUUCCCCCCCCCCCCCCCCCACCACCACCACUUUGACUGUUUUAUUGGAGAUUAGUUAAUUCUUUUCACUGCUAUGCUGUAUAGUGUAUGUCUGGUAUUUGAGGUGAGAUGGCUGCUCUUUAUUAUGAAACAUAAUGUCUCAGAGUAAUCUAACUGAACAUUUCUGAAUAAAUUAUUACUGUAUGUAAAUUAAUAAGUGUUUUAUUGUGAACUGUAAAAAUAUGUGGCAUGCACAUUUUUUUUAUGGGAACAGGGCACUAUUUUUUUGUGUUAAUAGAUAUAGAAACUGAAUUCUGAUGCUUGAUAUAAAUAAGACAUUAAAGAGACCCUCCCCCAAUUAAAAAAAUAAAAAAUCUGAUUAAGGGGGUUGACCCAUAUGGGACAUUGAUACAUAUCAUUAGGUUAUGUCAUAGAUGUCAAAUAGGUGCAGGUCCCAUCUCCAGAACAGGGCCCCUGAAGUGAAGGAGAACACACAGUGCUCUCCGUUCACUGCUGAGUUCCGAAAAUAGCUGAGCGAGCGCACUCAGAUGUUUUCGGAACUCCCAUAGUGGCGAAUGGAGAGCGCACCGCACAGGAACAGCCACCUCUCCAUUUACUGCUAUGCAACUGCCGGAAAUAGCCAAGCCGGCUCUUGACUAUUUUCAGAGUUCCUAUAGCUGUGAACAAAGGAGGGUGGCCAACAAUGCGUGGCUGCUCUCUGUUCACUUUGGGGGCACCAUACUGGAGAUAGGAGCAGGUCGCGAUGUGCCAUCAGUGUCCCAGAUGGGCCUACCCCUUUAAGAGAUUUUGAAAAGCGUUCUACCAAACAUUUUUGCCUUUUUAUUCCGUCAACACAGUUGACAGUUUCAUUUUACCCUUGUACUGAGGAUAACCGGAGACAGAUUGGUUGCUAGGAACAACGUAAUAUAAAAGGUUGUGUUGCCAUAGCAACACCUUGUUGGAAUUGACUCUUUGAAUCUGAUGCUUUGGCACUGUGCUGACAGCAGGGAAACUGUUGGCAGCAGUGAAGCCAUUCUAUUUUUAACCCUUUGUUAAACAAUCGUUUAAAAAAAUCUACAUAAUUAGGUGGAGUACCUCUUUAAGGAAUUACUUAUAAUGGAAUUGAAAGAAUCAAGAUUAAAAACCUUGAGAUAUUUUUUGGCAAUAUAAUGUAGCCAAUAAGAAAAAUGUAAACUAUCACUUGCUGCCAAAUUCCAUAUCAACAAAUGAAGUCACUCGGAUAUAGUGAUGUUAAAGUUCUUGUUCUACUUUGCACUUUUUUGUUUUCUUACUACAACUGGUGUAAAUCCUGUUUCUUCACUUAAACUGAUUUUACAAGUAGUUGUAAUUCCAGAAAGGAACUGACUUGUACUAAAUGCAAUUUUAUUUAUUAAUUUUUGAAAAGCUAUCUGCACUCUUCUCGUCCUUUUGCUCAGUUUCAGUAGUCGGAGCUCUGCAAUGCAGAGUCCCAGCUAGUGGAAAUGCAGAUAACCUGCACACACUUCAGGCUGUGUGUUUUGUUAGUACUAAAAGUGAAUUAGUAUGUAAAGCUAAGAUGGGAAUAAUGUAUUUCUAAAUGGUUGUGGAAAUAUUUUUAAUUUAAAUACUAACUUUUUUUUUUUUUUUUCUCGUCAAAGCAGUUUAUCUAUGCGUGACUAAGAAAAUUUUAUGACUUUUGCAAUAAAAAAUAAAACAGU